AGCACUGUAACACGCUACGCAUCAUUGCUCAUGCGUGAACGUUGCUCAGUCUAUAAUAACAUUUGACGUUUUUGAUAAAGUCAAGUAAUUUGUAAUCGUUUCUUAAUUUUACAAAGAAUAAUACAUAAUGGGUUGCGAUGGUGGAACUAUUCCUCGUAGGGAUGAACUUGUAAGAGUUAAAAAGAAGCCAGAACAGAAAGAUAAGGAGGCAGAAUUAGCAUUCAAAUGGAGACAUUGUUCAAUAAAACAAUUACCACUACAGGCACCAGUUGUUGGCUGUACUCUAGGACGUCUUUAUAGCAAAGAAUCUGUAUUGGAAGGUCUUCUUGAUAGAAGCACACUUCCAAAAUCAGCUGAACAUAUCAAAAGCUUAAAAGAUGUAAAGAAUUUAAAUCUGACAGGAAAUCCAGCAUUCGAUGGUAAUAAAGCUAAAAAGGGUGACUGUUAUACAGAUGAGGGUAGAAGUCCUUACAUUUGUCCAGUUAUUGGAUUGGAGAUGAAUGGCAAAUACAAGUUUUGCUUCUUAUGGUCAUGUGGAUGUGUAAUGAGUGAACGUGCACUUAAAGAAGUCAAAACUACAAUUUGUCAUCAGUGUCAGCAACCUUUUACUGAGACAGAUAUUGUUAUUAUAAAUGCAGAAGGUGAUGAUUUCAAAUUGAUGGAAACAAAUAUGAUGCUUAGAAAGACGCUUAAGAAGAAAUUUAAAAAGCAGAAACUUAGCGAGGAUAAUCAAACUGAAGAUGUUAAACAGGAAGAAGCACCAAAGAAAAAAAUUAAGAAAGAUGAUAAGGUUGCUGCCACUAAAGUAAAUAACAGAUGUGAAGCUGAAGAUCCAGCAUAUAAAAAAGUUAAAGAUAAUUACAGUGUUGCUAAAGAUCCCAAGGCAUCAGAAGUUUUUAAAAGUAUUUUUACUACUCAUAAAUCGGCAGCAGAACAAGAUAGAGCGCAUUGGAUUACAUACAAUCCAUUUUACAAUUAAAGAAUAAUUGUAAUAUAAAAAGUUUUAAAAAUGUAU